CUCCCAGAGCCCGCUGCGUCGACCCCGGCCGGGCCCCGGACCAGGCGUGCGGGGGACCGGCGGGAGCCGCCGACGUGAGGUGCCCUGUCACCGCCCUCCCGGCGACUUUGGGCAAAUCACUUAGCAAUCGUGUUCCUCGGAAGGUCCGGUGUGUGUCCCGCGGGGCGCGGCAGCCGCAGGGAAGCGGGCAGCGGGGCCCGAGAGCCGCGUGCGCGCCCGGGAACUUCGGCGGCCGGCGCGGCGCGGGGACCUCCGGCGGGAGCGCGGCGGCGCGCUCCUCCGGGCCGCGGAGCCGCGGGAGCCUCGGCGCCGUCCCGCUCCCGGCCGCGGCAGGCGAGUCCGGGGCAGCGCCGGCGGCGGGGACCCUACGCCCGGGAGCUCCCCGCUCCCCGAUCUGAAAGACGGAUCUAAAGAAACAGCAUGGAGAAAUGACUUUUGUGUCCUGCAUUUCCACGGAGGCCUCUGUUCUCACAGAUUUGCAGACGAGAACAAAGAGAGUGCACAGUCAUAGAGAAACUUGUCUUUGGACUCCUGCAUAACUCAAGGCAGGUGUAGUGCCUCAUGAGUGGAAUGCACUUGUCUCUGCUUCAGUUACGUAAGACUUCCAGUGGGACAUCAGUCAAGGGCUGAACCAUUAUGGGAAAUAUGGAGACUUUCCUCCUUCUCGCCAAGUGAGAAGUCACUUGGAAGGCUGAGUAGGGCUACAGAGCAAGGCUUCCUGGCUUCAGGCUCCACCUACAGCACUUCCGCAUCUGGACCUCGAACAGUUUGGGGAAUGAAGAUAUUCCGAUGUUGCUUUAAAUACACUCUUCAGCAAAAACUCUUUGUCCUGUUCUUAGCCCUGUGGCUGUUCUCCUUGUUAAAGCUUCUAAAUGUGGGCAGGCUUCUCUUCCCUCAAAGAGACAUUUACUUGGUUGAAUAUUCCCUAAGUACCUCACCGUUUGUAAGAAACAGGUUCCCCGCCGUUGGGGAUGCUGCCAGAGAUGAAGUUAACUGCUCAGGGAUCUACGAGCACGAGCCCUUGGAAAUCGGCAAGAGCCUGGAAAUCAGGAGGCGGAACAUCAUCGACUUGGAGGACGGUGACGUUGUGGCGAUGACAAGUGACUGCGACAUCUAUCAGACCCUAAGAGGGUACCAUGAGAAGCUUGUCUCCAGAGAGGAGCAGGCCUUCCCGCUGGCCUACUCACUGGCUGUCCACAAAGACGCCAUCAUGGUCGAACGGCUGAUCCGUGCCAUCUACAGCCAGCACAAUCUCUACUGCAUCCAUUAUGACCUCAAGUCAACGGACACGUUCAAAGUUGCCAUGAACAACUUGGCUAACUGCUUCUCCAAUAUUUUCAUCGCUUCCAAAUUAGAGGCUGUGGAGUACGCCCACAUUUCCAGGCUCCAGGCUGAUUUGAACUGCUUGUCAGACCUCCUCAAGUCUUCCGUUCAAUGGAAGUAUGUCAUCAACCUAUGUGGGCAAGACUUCCCCCUAAAGUCAAAUUUUGAAUUAGUGUCGGAGCUGAAGAAACUCCAAGGAAGGAAUAUGUUAGAGACAGUGAGACCACCUACCAGCAAAAUGGAAAGGUUCACUUACCAUCAUGAGCUCAGACAGGUGCCUUAUGAAUACAUGAAACUGCCAGUGAAGACAAACAUCUCCAAGAAGGCACCCCCUCAUAACAUCGAGGUGUUUGUGGGCAGUGCCUAUUUUGUUUUAAGUCAGGCAUUUGUUAAAUAUAUUUUGAACAGCUCCCUCGUUGAAGACUUUUUUGCCUGGUCUGAAGACACAUACUCUCCUGAUGAGCACUUUUGGGCUACCUUAAUCCGGAUACCAGGGGUACCCGGAGAGAUUUCCAGGUCAUCCCAGGACGUGUCUGACCUGCAGAGUAAGACCCGGCUGGUUAAAUGGAAUUACUAUGAAGGCUUUUUCUACCCCAACUGCACUGGCUCUCACGUCCGCAGCGUGUGCAUUUAUGGAGCUGCAGAAUUGCGGUGGCUUAUAAAGGAGGGGCAUUGGUUUGCUAAUAAAUUUGAUUCUAAAGUGGAUCCCGUCUUGACUAAAUGUCUGGCAGAAAAGCUUGAAGAGCAACAGAGAAAGCUGAUUACUUUAUCUUCAGAAAAGUUCAUUAUGAGAUCCCAAAGCCACACAUCAUAAGAUCACUACGGACUUGAGGGUACCUGAUACAGAAACUUAAGGAAGAUGGAAUCAUGUACCCAUGCCCAACACCCUCUGAACUUAAUACCUUCCAAGGGUGAAACUUCUAUAGAAUUCCAUGCAUGGACUUUGAGCCCACAGGCCGGUGGUUUGUAAGUGCUAGUCUUAAAUGUUCAGUGAUAGCACAUUUAUUGAACACCUAAGAGUGCAUCAGGAACUUUGUCAGAAGACAGCCGGAGUUACACCUGAGUUGUAAUGAACUGUGCACUUGGGAAGCAGUGUUUAGCCUCCUAAUGUGGCAACUGUGGUGUUCCGUGUUUCCGUGUAACACUGAGGGUGCUACGGAAGGUGACGUCGGAGGGUGCGCUAAUCAUGUAAGCCGCUCGCCUCUGGGAAGCAUGUGAGUGCAAAGCCGGCACUCCUUUUCUCAGUUCAGCAACUAAGACAUUUUUAAAUCGUCAGGAUACUAGGAGGAGGAGUCCACUACCUCAGAGAAAUGCAAAGAAUUGUCCGAUCGCCUGCUUGCCAAAGUCUAAGUUACCUUUUGGUGCCUCACUUUUCUGAUUCAGGGAGAGGGAACACCGUUGGUGUGACGUUUGUAGGGUCUGCUUGUCUGAGAGGGCAGAGGGGGCGGGUGGUGGGUGGCUCGGGACAGGUGGUGCCUGAAGGGGAACAAAGGGCCUUGUUGUGUUACACAAUGUUGUCACGAAUGGUUUCCUUUUUAAUUCACUUCUUUCUUUAAAACACAUAUACUAGUGAAAAUGAAACUGAGUACUCGUUGAAAGUGUCAUGGACCAGGCCCCUGGGCCUCUGCCUAUCACCUCACAAGUCAGCUUACUAGAUAAGAUUGUGCCCUUGCUGUGGUGCGCUUCUGACGGGGUUGAUAGUUCUUCUUUAAGGAACUGUCAAGUCAGUAAGUUUCCUUAGAAAGGUUUUGUGGAAAUACAACAGCUUUCUCAGUUGGUUAUUGCGGUCACUUGCACAUUUUUCUUUUUUAAGCAAAAUGGAAUCAAAAUGCAAAAUGAUAAACACUCCAAGUUAGUGUAGCAUUUUUCUCAACUGAGCACCAAAAGGAAUAUUAUGACCUUUAUUUUAUUAAUAUCCACACUUAAAAGAAUUGUGGCAGAGGCUGACGUAGACUGGCUGUCCUGUGUGUCGUACCUUGGAGGGAGAGCCUUGGGAACAGCCUGCAGGAUUACAGUCCCCAGGUAAAGUGGCACACGCGUGAAGCUUCCGUGUAUUCUGAUAGCAGCCACAGUAACUUCUCAAAUAGGUAGUAAUCAGGGCCAAAACCAGAUGGUGUGAGAGAAUGAAGUGCUUAAAUACCCUUUUCAGUUUCUGGCUCUGCGUGUGAGCUGCAUGUGGUGUAUUAACGGUGUCACCAUUUUCACUUCAUUAUCCUUAAAGACAGGUUUUAGAGGGACUGGAGGGUGGCUCAGCAGUUAAGAACACAUGCUGCUCUUGCAGAAGACCCAAGUUCUGUUCCCAGCACCCAUACUAGGAGGCUCCCAUCUGCCUGAAACUCCAACUCUAGGCAAUCCAGUGCCUUCUGGCCUCCAAGGGCACCUACACACACACACACACACACACACACACACACACACACACACACACCACAUAGAGAUAAGUUUUUAAAGAGUUGAGUUUCACGGUAAAGCUGCUCGGCUCUAUGAGGAGCCGUUGAGUUCUCCCCAUGGGCUCCUGUUCUCUGCGCGCUGCACACAGGGAUGCGGGUUGUGGUUUCCUCAUGAGCUUUUAGACUGCGGUUCAAGUGGAGACAACUGUUGAAACAGGGCAUGAUAACGGUGUAAGAUAAGCACGAGUCGCAAAGUCCAUGGGGAGACUUAAACCAUCCUUUUUGAAACACACAAAGGCCACAGUCACAGGGAACCUGUGUCGCCAAAUUCAGAUCUGAGAAAAAGCCCCGUCAGGGCAUGUGGAGUUUCUUUACAGCCAACAGCACUGCAUGUUGGUCUAGAUGGGGAACAAAGGUCAGAGAAACUUCGCUAACCAUCUAGGAUCAAACUCACCAGGUCUUGGUGUGUGUGUGUGUGUGUGUGUAUACACACACACAAUUACUUUGGCCAUCAAUAGAAUGUAAGUGCAACAAGUAAGUAGCAUCUAGUUAGUCCUUUGUCUUUCUGGAGAGAAAGGAGCCUGUUUCCUGUUUACUAGGAGGUGUCCCAAGUUGCUCCAUUCUUUCAUGCUAUUUUCCAGUGGACCGUAGUCAGACAAAAUGGCGAUGCCUUCCUUUCCCCAUGGACACGUCUCUCUGCACUCAGAAAUGUCAGCUGCUAGCAUUUCAGGGAGCCUGCCGAAGCACAGGCCUUGCCUUGGGAAUCCUGCAGUUUCCCGUUCGCCUUCAGAAUUGAUUCUGACAAAAACCUUUUGCUAUGAGUCCUUCCCCGGUCUGGGAAUGUGCAACACUGUUUUAUAAUUGUUCUUUGUACUGUAUUUAUUGAAUUUAGAUUCUAAUUUAUCUAAAGAUGAGUUUACGAAUUAUAUGUGAAUGUUAGAGGAAUAAUGAAAGAUGAAAGCUGUCAAAAUGCAUUGUGUGAUUAAUCUGCUGUACUCUAGGUACUAUGUGUAUGGAAAAGCCAGUAUUGCCAUUUCUGUUUUGCUCAUUUUACAUAAAAAUAUCACUGAAAGUUUGAGAUUUUAGGGCUAUAGAGAUGGCUUAGCGGUUAAGAGCACUGGCUGCUCCUCCAGAGGACCCAAGUUCAAUUCCCAGAACCCUGAUGUCAGCUUACAGCCGCCUGUAACUCCAGUCCCAGGGGAUCUGACGUCCUCUCUGGCCUCGGGAGGCGCCAGGCACACAUGGCGCACAGACGUGCAUGCGGGCAGAAUACUCCUACACAUAGAAUAAGUUAAAAGUUAGAGCUUUCUCUUGGGUUCCAGAAUGUGAAUAUAUAUGUGCUUAAGUAUUUCAUGGAAAAUAAAAUGACAAUCUGGGGAAUGUAAAGUGAAUGUAUUGUUAAUUAUAUACAGAUUGUUCCUGUUGAUGGUAUAAUUUUCUAUUUUUUCUUAUCAUUCUCUUAAGUCUCCUUUUUGUGUGGUCCCUGUUUACUUUAAUAAAUUUAUUUAAUAAAUGUAUUACUGUAGUAAUAAAUCACUUUGGUAAUAAAUUUCCCAUGUGUGAGUUUUAAA